UUUCAUGAAGGAAAACCAGCAGCCGCUAUUUCUGGCUGCUUCUACUCCGCAUGUGCGCUCGUAGCGUACACCACUCUUGUUGGCGAUGACUGGAUUCCAGAAACCUCGAGCUCCUGGAGGGUUCCGACAAUGGAUCACAUGAGCAGGCGAAGGAAUUCCUCUAUGAAACUGUAAGACCGGCCUUGUAUACUCAACAUAUGGUGGCUUUACUGGUUCGACGGAAGACGGAGCAGGAUCACGAGGAAUAUCUUCAUGAGGUGAUUUCAACCUCUCCACGAUCCUUUCCAAAGAUUUACGAGAUUUCAUAGGUGGGGAAAUGCACGGCGAAAGGCGAGUCGCUGUAGUCAUCCGAGUUGUGACAUCUAUUUCUGGUGCUCUGGGGGAGACCAUAUCACAAGUCGCAAUGUCUUCAUGACUUGUCUGGAAGGAGCAUGAACGCUGAUGCACGCGAUCGUCGAAGGCUGGUAACCUUUCAUUCGUCACUCUGGUGAAGGUGCACGGUAACCUGAGAUCUGGAGCAGAUGGAGCGUUUGUUGUGCUUCGAUUUCUUCUUGAAAUGGCCGCCAAAUCUUCACUUUCUGCGAGCAAUCGUUUGUAUCGAGAAAGCUCGUUUUCUCUGUUCUUACGGAAAUAGUCCAGAUCACGCAUCAAUUCACGGACAUUGUUGUUCUCUGCAUCCAACAUACGAAUGUACUCGCUUGCCUUCUUUUGCAAUUCGUGGAACCACAACGGACUAGAAGUGCUGACUUCAAAGCCCAUCAAUUUACUCAACUUUGCAGCUAAUGCAUCUUCUUCAAAUGUAGGUUUAUUCCAGUAGUGGAAUUUUUUCACCGCUGAUGUCCUUAACAAGGAGGUCGUUGGGAUGGGACUAACAGGUGCAGCACUCGUCGGUAUCCUUGAAUCCGUGCGAAUCUUAUCAUCAGAACCUUCCUCUGCUCGCGAUUUGGAUCUUUCGAUGAGCGGAGUUGAAGUUUGUGUGGCAGAAGUCGAUUUCGUUCUAUCCUGCGGAGCCUUCGUCAAUGUCGGUGGAGCUGA